GUUGCCGUGAAACCACAGAUGCCGACAGAGAUGGACAACCCAAAUAGGACCAUUGAAUUGGACAACCUAAUGACCUAUUUGAAGGACUGCCCCUGUAGCCAAUGGCCGUGGGACCUGACAAAAUAGAUAUCUAAUAAGGGUUCAGGGGGAGGAGUUAUUGCAAUCCUCAUGACGAGUGGUCACUGUGAGAGCGAGAGAUGUCUAAAGAAAACGGGAAGGAAAAUUAUAUUUUUCCUUGAUCUUAAACUAACUUGCUAGGUAUUUCAAGUGGUAUUUAGAUAGCUAUUCCGGUUUCAUGUUAUUGUUUUUAUGGAUAUGAAAACGUCCAGACAAAGAGAAACAGAACGUGAAGCUCCGUUUUGCUUAAUCACCCUUCUGUUACCAGAAGCAGAUCAUAUGGAAGAAGGGGCACAUUGAGGGAGCUCACACAAGCAAGACCUGCAUUCUCAAGUUUGCUGUAUAUACUGGGAUGAUUAUUCUCUUCAUAAGUGGAUAAAAUGCCCUGACUUCCAUGCAAUGGAGGGUUUAAGCUUCUCUAUGGGUUCAGUGGUGAUUCCCAAGACCUUGCUGCGCAUUCAAUGCUUUGGUGCAGCGGUCCUGGGGCUGAUCGUCUUGGUUACGAUGAUCACAUCAGCUUCACCUGCAGCAGUAGACUGUUCUUCGUUGGAUCCCACCGUGUUGGAUGAGUUUCAGGAAGAAGCAUCAAGCGGGACUGAAUCACCCUCAGCCUUAUUCGUUUCACACACUGAGGCCUCUGAGCACCCAGACGACACAACAACUACAGCUCUCCCUUCACCUGGUCACCUACCACCUGAAUAUACACUAACACUUACUCAAUGGGGUAUUUCAGCUUCUCAAAACUCCAAAUCAUUGACUUCUAGAGAUCCACUCCCCAUUGGUCCAGACCCUCUCUCCACUCCCACUUUAAGCUCCUCAGAGCCUGUGGUUGGCCUUCAGCAACAACCUAAAGGCCCUACCAGACUCUCAAGGGAGCUGAAGCUCUAUGGUCCUAACUCAACCAUGGCAAUUUUCUCUCCAACCCUUGUUACAGUACCACCUCAGAAACCUCUCGGACCACAGUCCAACAAAUCCACAACACCCUUGAACUUCUCUACAGCCACCAGUUGGACUACAUUGGUACAGUUCAUUGUUCCAAACUCUAAUGAGAGAGCUCCAGAUGAACCUCCAUUAUUAUCCCCCAGCAACCAGCAAGACGCAUCAAAACAGACAACUCCUGCAUUUAUGACAUCACUUCCUGUUGGACCCCUCGACCAGCCUAGACUGCCUGUUGACAAUCGGGUAGAUGUAGAAGCCCAGUCAGACCAAGCCAGGCCAGAAUCUAAACAUAAUCCAGGCAUGUCCCAGAGUUUAGGCGAUCUCUUGCUGGAUCCCAAACUGCCCCUUGAUCCCUCAAGUAGGUUAAUCUAUCUGGAUCACCUUCGCCCCAGCAGUGAGCUCAUGCAGAAGGACGAUGCUGCUCAAGAUAUCCAUAUGCUCCCAAAACCAUCACCUGAGAUGCAGCUGGCUCCCAGCUACGUGCCUUUUCUGAACCCUCACACCACAUCCUCCUUGUCCGAGCCCACCAUGGUCCCUCCUGAGGACCUCUUCCCCACCAACACCAUGGUGGUGGAUUGGGGCUCAGGAGACUACCCGGAGACCGCGUCCUACAUGGGCUUGGAAAGGGACGACUUCUCCCUGGUCACCAACCUGCCCACGGACAUGUACGACCUGGAGGACUCCAACGUGGAAAGCUACGACACCUCCUUCCCCUCCAGGGUCGGCGUGUCCUUCUCCUCGAUGCGUCACAUGACGUCUUCACCUAUUCUCACAACAGUGGCUUACAGCUCUAGCGUUGGAAGUGUGGCCCCCACGUCCAUUCCUCUCUCCAUCCAUCCCUCUCCCAGUCACCCCACACUAGCCUCAACACAAAUACUAACACCUCAAGGGGAUUUACCAGGAGGUUCAGAUGUUGACUGGGCAGAUACCUUUAUGGUUGAACCAACAGACCUUCUCUUACCAGACAUGAACAGCCUGGAGUACUACACCAUCCAGCUGACCAAGGAAGACUCAGAAGAACACAGGGGCACUAACGUGACCACCACCUCCAGGCAUUUCUCCCUGAUGUCCAUCAGCACCACUCACAUCGUGGCCACUAGCACCUUCACUGUGGACCUCAGCCACAUGCUCACAGCCUUCUAUGGAGUGGAUGGAGUGGAGGUCCAGCCUUCUGACAACACUUCCUGGAUCGAAGAGUCCUCUGCUGAUAUCUCCAGCUCAGAGCCUCUGAAUACGACCACCGCGGACACUACGGAGAUGACUCCGCUGAAUGUCACAGUGCCAUUCCUGGAGGCUUCAGUAGCGCCAACUCCCUCCAUGGACCUCUCGUCCUCCCUGUGGGGUGUCACUGGUCAGGUGUCCGGUGAAUGGACGAGCCCUGUGGCCACCUCCAGUGUCGGACUGGACAACAGCUCUGUCUUAGUGUCAGUGCAGCCUAGUGCUACUACCUCGGAGACAGACAUCCUGUGGUACGUCUCUCCCUCCGCCACAGAGACGGCCCUCCUCAGCACCUCUCUCAUAACUCCUGUGGUGACCACCUCUAUCGCCUUCUCCCCAUUUCCCGGCCAGACAGAAUUACCCCCCAAUGUCACCUCAGGCCCGACAGAACCAGCCACCAAUGCCACCACCAUCCCCCCGGUGUCAGUCAUGGCUGACCAAGGCGUUGAUACUGAUAGUCCUGUCACAGCAGUGACCAACGACAGCCAGACUACAGUUAGCGGUGUAGACAUCUCCACAACUGAUCCUGCCACUACUACUACCAGCAUCACGACUGAGGCCUCUCCAACCACCGCUCUGGCCACCACCACUACCACUCCCCUCCUAACUACUACUAAGAGCCCGCCUACAACCAUCGGCCGCCAGUACCUCUGUAACGUCUCCAAGCCUGUGUACUUUGUUGAAGUCGGUUUUCCGGCUGGGGCUACUGUUGGAUAUGCCAAAUCCCAAGUCCGAGAUGUCCUGAAGACUGAGUUCAAUAAGUCAGUUGAACUGCAGGUUGCUCAGAAUCCUCCAGACUUUGUGUUCCGGGCAGUGUCGGGUCCUGUGGUGUACACGGCCAUAUCAGUCAUCAACGCCCUGCGCCAGUCAAGUCGACGCUUCCUGUCCAUCUCACACUACUGGAAGGUACCAGACCACCAGUACCAGGUCCACUCAGUGCUGCAGUUUGUGCCCAGGCACAUUGACGUGCGCGUCUGCAACUUCAGCGAGCGCAUUGAGAAAGGCCUGACCAUGGCGUAUGCCGAAGUGCGCCGGCGCCUGCAGGAGUCCACAAACUUCACUGUGGAUAUUGUGAACAUCACCAUGAACCAGCCAAGUAGUCAGCAGAGGGAGCCGGUGGAUGUGACUUUUGCGGUGCGUGGGGCCAUCGGCUACCUGAAGGGGUCAGAGGUCAGCAACCACCUGAGGCUGCUCAACAUGGUGGAAUUCAGCUACUACCUGGGCUUCCCCGUGCUGCAGAUCGCCGAGCCUUUCCACUACCCAGAGUUGAACACCACCCAGUUGCUUCGCUCGUCUUGGGUUAGAACAGUGUUGCUGGGUGUGCUGGAUCAGGGGGUGGACGAGCGGAUCUUCCAGGCCAAGAUGGAACGUCGUGUGGCCCUGCUGCUAGGAGAAGUGCUGGGGGCGGCCAGGCGCACCAAGAGGGCCACCAGCGUGGCUAACCACAGUGUUCAGAUUGUGAGUACGACCAGGCUGGUGGGAGCGGAACAUCCCCUGGAGAUGGUGUACUUUGUGGAGGGUCCCAGCGGGGAGCGGCAGCCUGCAAUCACUACAGCCAACAUGCUGAACCGCCUUGACGUGCAGAGGGCAGCCAUCAUACUGGGAUACAGAGUGGAGGGCAUCCUGGCUACACCUGUGGAGAAGGUGGCGGGCUACCCUCCCACGGACAUGGAGAACACCAGCGUGUGGAUCAUCGUCGGCGUGGUGGUGCCGCUAGGCGUGGCCGUCGUCAUCAUCUCCAUCCUGUACUGGAAGCUGUGUCGCACCGACAAGCUGGACUUCCAGCCUGACGCCGUGACCACUGUCCAGCAGAGACAGAAGCUCCAGGCUCCCAGUGUGAAGGGCUUUGACUUUGCCAAGCUGCACCUGGGCCAGCACAGUAAGGAUGACAUCAUGGUUAUCCAGGAGGCUGGCGCUCCCGGCCCUCCCUUGCCCAACCCCAGCGCCAAGGAAGCCGCAUCGGAGAACGGUGAGGUCCCCACCCCUAAGUCAAAGGGGACCUCCGUCUCCUCCACCAAGGCAUCCCGCAGCGCACGCAGACGAGGAAGGAUCUCUCCAUCGGAUGGGGACUCCAUGGUGAGUGCCGGGUCCAGUGAUCGUGAGAGGGAGUCAGCCGAGGAGAACCUGAGAGCUAUCGCCAUGCCAAACGACAGCAAGCAGGCCCGCAAGAUCCCCAUCAAUGUUUUAAAUGGUCCUCCACCCAUGAACGGCCAUGACGAGCAGCUGUCGUCGGCCUCCAUCUUCGAGCAUGUGGACCGCAUGUCCCGCUCGGCCGACGACAGCCGGCGCUUGUCCAAUAAGAUCCAGCUGAUCGCCAUGCAGCCCAUGGCCUUCCCAGCCCUGCGCCACGGCGCCACUGUCAACGGUAUCAAUGGCAGUGGGCAAGAAACACACAACAUCUUCAACAAAGAGACCCAGGUGGCGUUGAGGCACAAGUCUGAGAUCGAGCACCACCGGAACAAGAUCCGUCUGCGGGCCAAGAGGAAGGGUCACUAUGACUUCCCAGCCAUGGACGACCUGGUGGACAACGGUCUGACCACUGACCCCAAGGACCAGGACCGCAUCUACCACAAGGCCCAGAUGCAGAUCGACAAGAUCCUGGACCCCGACAUCCACAUGCCCUCGCUGUUCAUGGAGCCUAAAAAGAGGGGGAGGCGUUCUCCCAAGCAGAAGAAGAAGCACCAGCUGAACGGCAGCCUGACGGACGCAGACAAGGACCGCCUCAUCUCCAACGACAGCGACGGCACCUACAGGAAAUACCCUGGGGUCAACAACGUGGCCUAUGUGUCGGACCCUGACCAGGCCCCAGAGUCCGGGACCCCCUCCCCCAACGACGACGUCUUCCUUGGCCCCAACUCGCCCCCUCCGGGGCAUGCCCCUCCCCCGCCCCCCUACAUGCCCCCCCAGCCCUCCAUCGAGGAGGCCCGGCAGCAGAUGCACUCUCUGCUGGACGAUGCCUUUGCCCUGGUCUCCCCCACCUCCCAGGGCAGCACGGCCGGCCUCACCCAAACUGGUGUCAACUCCAACCUCCCCAGCUCUAGCCCCCCACCCCGUGGUGGAACCCGCCCCUGGGGCUCGUCUUACCCAGCACUCAGCCCCUUCUCCUCGAGAUACGCUGAGUUAGGAAUGUCCCCUCCUUCAGUCCAAGGCUUACUACAGCGACAGAGCCAGGGCUCCAGCUACCUGCCACCAGGUGACCUAGGACACGUUGACCAGCUCCCCCCAGACAGCCACUAUUCCACCAGGGGCUUGUACACUGAAGACCUCCCCUUCUCUGCCAGGCCACGACCAGUAGGGGGCACCACAGGUGCCCCGCUCCAUCACCAGACCCAGAUGGGUCUUGGGAGCCGGAUCAACGGGGGGUACCCGGCGGGGAGCAGGGCCCCUCCAGGUCAGACUGGAGGUUCAGGGUGGGGACCGUACGCUGACGAUGACUACAGACCCACCAGAGACCCUGUUCUUCUGGGCUACCCUGACUACUCCUCCUCCUCUAUGUUCCAGAUGCCUAGUAGAAGUGCACUAAGGGAGCCCUCAUCCCCCCUGGCCCACCUGGACACACACACAACCGGAUUUGGCUACCCUCCAGAGGAGUCCUCCUCUCCCCCCAAUCACUCCUCUGCUUCCCUCAUCAAGGCCAUCAGGGAGGAGCUGCUGCGCCUCUCCCAGAAACAGCAAGCCGUGCCCAGCUACCACAGCUGAUCACAGAUGGCCUCCUCUGGUCCUCACUGAACCUUAACCUCUAAUACUACAUCCACCAGUCAUACCACUGCCCCUGCCUGCCUGCUCCAACCUAGCAAUGCUUCCCAUGGAAGUUCCGUUGUACAGGAGGAGAAAGACAAGACCGUACUGUCUUAGGGCGGCAGGUAGCCUAGCGGCUAGAGCAUUGGGCCAGUAACCGAAAGGUUGCUGGUUCGAAUACCCGAGCCAACAAGGUGAAAAAUCUGCCGAUGUGCCCUUGAGCAAGGCACUUAACCCUAAUUUGCUCCAGGGGCGCCGUACUAAAAUGGCUGACCCUGGAAAACAACACAUUUCACUGCACCUAUCUGCUGGGCUGGGUAGAAUGAGGAGGUUGUUUCAUGUGCCAGCUGGUAGCGUAAGCAUGGCUAGAAUCAUUAUAUGAAUGAACUGUUCUCUAGGCUCUGGAUCUUAGCCUCUGGCUUUCUUAACCCAGACUGUCCUAUGUCGUACAGUAUACUGGACCAAGUGACCCUAGUGGUUAGAGCAAGAAGGUGAAUGGUCCCCUGCUCUCCAGCGUUGGCUAAGGUAUCUCUGCCCAAGCCUGGCUAUAAGGCAUCUCUGCCCAAGCCUGGCUAUAAGGUAUCUCUGCCCAAGCCUGGCUAUAAGGUAUCUCUGCCCAAGCCUGGCUAUAAGGUAUCUCUGCCCAAGCCUGGCUAUAAGGCAUCUCUGCCCAAGCCUGGCUAUAAGGCAUCUCUGCCCAAGCCUGGCUAUAAGGUAUCUCUGCCCAAGCCUGGCUAUAAGGUAUCUCUGCCCAAGCCUGGCUAUAACCGCUGAUCCUAGCCCAGUUUUUUUAUUUGAGGUGUUGUUGCUUUCUUCCUUUUUAAACAGCAUUCUAGACUCUCUGUGUGACGAUAAUAAGCAAAGUGGUUUGAUUCUCUCUCUCUCAUCCUGCCUUGACAUCCUAACAACAUUUUACACAACAGUGGGAUUUCUCUGCCAGUAGGGCAUCUGUCAUUUAGGCUCAAAACAUUGAUACCAUGUUACCUUUAACAAUGAGGCAUCUUACCAUUACCAUGAGGUAUUUAUUUGGUUUUUGAAGAGCUUCUUACUUCUCCAUCUUCCUUUGGUGCUUCUUUCUACGCUUUGUGUUUUCCGUCAUGAUAUUGAUAUGCGCAAAUCUGUCAAAACACGCCCCAGGUGCAGGAUUACAUUGUUUUCCGCCACGAGCCACACAAUGCCUUGUGUUGUGACAGCGUGAGGGAGUGCAACUGUCUCAAUCUACUGUACAGCUAAAAUCAGAGUUCAGAGCAGACAACACUAGACACAGACAGACAGAGACCUGCAAUAAACAUACUGCAGCAACUCCCAUGCAUAGCUCUACCAAUGCAGUAGUGGAACCAGAGAUAGUUAAUGAUAGAGCACUGCUAGGUUUAGUUUGUAACUCGCCCCACUCUACGUGAGCCUUGUUUAGAUUUUGUGUUGCUUCAGCACAAUGUCCACAUGUUUGUCCUAAUAUAUCCAGGUUACUGAUGAUGCUACCGUAUUAAUAUUAAGACUCUUUAAAUACCAAUGUAUGGUAAACUACACUGAACAAAAAUAUAAACGCAACAUGCAACAAUUUCAAAGAUUUUAAUGAAUUACAGUUCUUAUAAGGAAAUCAGUCAAUUGAAAUAAAUGCAUUAGGCCCUAAUCUAUGGAAUUCACAUGACUGGGAAUACAGAUAUGCAUCUGUUGGUCAAAUAUACCUUAAUAAAAAGGUUGGGGUGUGGAUCAGAUAACCAGUCAGUAUCUGGUGUGACCACCUUUUGCGACCACAUCUCCUUCACAUAGAGUUGAUCAGUCUGUUGAUUGUGGCCUGUGGAAUGUUGUCCCACUCCUCUUCAAUGGCUAUGUGAAGUUGCUGGAUAUUGGCUGUAACUUGAAGAAACUGUCGGACACGCCAAUCCAGAGCAUCCCAAACAUGCUCAAUGGAUGACAUGUCUGGUGAGUAUGCAGGCCAUGGAAGAACUGGGACAUUUUCAGCUUCCAUGAAUUGUGUACAGAUCUUUACGACAUGGGGCCGUGCAUUAUCAUGCUGAAACGAGGUGAUGACGGUGGAUGAAUGGCACGACAAUUGUGUUCGUUGUCCGUAGCUUAUGCCUGCCCAUACCAUAACCCCACCGCCACCAUGGGGCGCUCUUAACAACGUUGACAUCAGCAAACAACUAACACACGAUGCCAUACACGCUGUCUGCUGUCUGCCUGGUACAGUUGAAAGCGGGAUUCAGACGUAAAGAGCACACUUCUCCAGCGUGCCAGUGGACAUCAAAGGUGAGCAUUUGCUCACUGAAGUCGUUAACGGCACCGACCUGCAGUCAGGUCAAGACCCUGGGGAGGAUGACAAGCAGGCUGAUGAGCUUCCCUGAGAUGUUUGACAGUUUGUGUGGAAAUUCUUCGGUUUUGCAACCGAAGGUUUCAUCAGCUGUCCGGGUGGCUGGUCACAGAUGAUCCCGCUGGUGAAGAAGCCGGAUGUGGAGGUCCUGGGCUGGCGUGGUUACGGUCUGCGGUUGUGAGGCUGGUUGGACGUACUGCCAAAUUCUCUAAAACGACAGUGGAGGCAACUUAUGGUAGAGAAAUGAACAUUACAUUCUCUGGCAACAGCUCUGGUGGACAUUCCUGCAGUCAGCAUGCCAAUUGCACGCUCCUUCAAAACUUGAGACAUCUGUGGCAUUGUGUUGUGUGACAAAACUGCACAUUUUAGAGUGGCCUUUUAUUGUCCCAAGCACAAGGCGCUGUUGAAUCAGCUUCUUGAUAUGCCACACCUGUCAGGUGGAUGGAUUAUCUUGGCAAAGGAUAAAUGUUCACUAACAGGGAUGUAAACUAAUUUGUGCACAACAUUUUGGAGAAAUUAGCUUUUUGUCCAUAUGGAAAUAUUUCAUUUCAGCUCAUGAAACAUGGGACCAACACUUUACAUGUUGCGUUUAUAUUUUCGUUCAGUAUAGACAGUAGGACCACAGUAUUAUAGUUUUUCUAUGUAUAUUAUACUAAGGUCAUUUAUUGAGCGCACAGGACCAAAUAUGUAUAAUCAUUCAUUUAUGAAUUCAUUUGUAGCAUUUUAUCAUGUUUUCUGACCGCCAGGCCUAAAUCAAAAUGAUUGACAGGACUGUACUAGGAAAUUGGGGUGUAUUCUCUAUUUGAUGAAGUGGAUAGAUUCGACCACGCAUUCUUAUCUAUUCAAUGCACUGUAUGCAGAUUACUGGGUGCACCUUGGCUUUUCACAGUGAAUAUCCUUCAGGCCACACCAACUAAAAUGUAGUUGAAAGAUUCAUAGGUCAUUCAAUGAAAGAUUCAUAAGGUCAGGUCAAUGAAGCAUUGUAUUGCUCAAGGAAAUGCUGUCUUUUCCCUGCUGAAAAACAGGGCCAGUGGUCACACACUGUCAGUCUAGGGGUAUUCUUAUUUCAUUUCCUCCUUUUUCAAUGCAGUAUUGAAAUGUUUUAACGCUGUUCUUUUCCCACCGCAUUUUCAGAGUUUGAAAGGAAUCUGAAACUCAUGUACUGUAUUGUAAUUGUUCAACGUUUACUGUUCACAGUUAACCUGUCAGCGUGAGAUGUUUUGUGUAUUUGAUGUCAUUUUUAUUCUUGAAUGACCUGCCUCAUGUUUUUUGUUCCUCCUCGAUGUGUCUUUGUUCAAUAUUUUUUUUAAUUUAAUUUUGUUCGAUAACAUUUUCGACAGAAACUCCCCACACGUUGCUAUGCUGUGGGGAUUGAAGUUAUAUUUUAUUUAAAUGAAAUAAAAGAGAAAGUAUUGAUUUUGGUUGCAGGGUUGAAAGAAAACAGACAUUUAUUCACUGACUUGGGCAAAGUAAUAAUAUACCAGUGUUGAACAUUGUCCCAAAUAUAUCCCAAAGGUUACCGCCAUAACACAAAAACAAACCGAGAAAAUAUGGAACCAAACUGCACCAGCUACUGUAAUGUACAGCAGACACACACUAAAUACUGUCCCACUGAGCACAUACUGGUUGAAUCAACAUUGUUUCCACGUCAUUUCAAUGAAAUUAGGUUGAACCAACAUGGAAUAGAUGUUGAAUGAACGUUUCCAACAUGUGCCUUAUGGAUCCGCCCUCCCUUUGAUGGUCUCCCACUAAUGUCUACCAUCCUGUCUCACACUACCUGCCUAUCUGUCUGUCUGUCAGAUGGAGUCUUAACCAGGCUCUGUUCACUCCAACAAGCACUGACUGUAUGGGAUCAUAGUACAGUACUGUAUGGCAUUUUGUAACUACUGUAGUUUGAAGGUUGUUAAAAGGAUUUUCUCUCAACAAUGGUUCUAUUGGUCUUAGCAGGUGAUGCUAGUGUAACGGAUGUGAAAUGGCUAGCUAGUUAGCGGGUACGCGCUAGUAGCAUUUCAAUCAGUUACGUCACUUGCUCUGAGACUUUAAGUAGGGUUGCCCCUUGCUCUGCAAGAGCCGCGGCCUUUGUGGAGCGAUGGGUAACGACCGUGCUUCGUGGGCGACCGUUGUUGAUGUGUGCAGAGGGUCCCAGGUUCGCGCCCGUCUCUGGGCGAGGGGACGCCGUAAAGUUAUACUGUUACACUACAGUAUGUCGUCGUUAAAAAAGCCCAGUGCUUAUUUAACACUGUUUCUGGAUGUAGUCGAAUAUAUAUACCCAUGCAGUUGGAUUGUAAACUGAGUUACAUGAAGUGAUUUCACCUCUGGUUGGUGUAAUUGGCUUCGAUCACAACACUGUACUAUACUGUACUGUCCUGUACUCAAUGCCUCCACCUGCUGGUAUUGUAACCCCACUGCACAUCAGAUGUCGUUCGUGUGUUUUUUUCCCCCUUUGUGUUUGGCUGUUGUGUCUUGUUAUAUUGUGAAGGUCAUACUUUAUGUUGGCUGGCCCAACUAUGUUUUACGUGUUUAUUUGUUGAGUUGCAUGUGUCAUUCAUGUAAGGCUGUGUGGGGUUUGUUUUCCAUUUGUGUUGCCCACGCUGUUCCCGAAAAAAACGAUAGCUUUUAAAAACCGAUGAAACCGAA